AGAUCCCACGCGUUUCAUCCUAGGUUCCCCACUCGGCACGCACCAAUGCAGAUGCGGACCGGAUCGGACGCUGCUGGCGCCUGAACGUGUAUCCAUCUUCAUUGCGCUCACGGUGUCUGCUUUCUCCAGCUCGCCGGUAUCAUGCAGUCUUUAAUAUCCCCAGUCACCAAAGCAAUACUGGUUGCACUGUUUAUUUUUGCGAUCCUGCUCAUUUUGUACGUGAUAUUAUGGUAUAUCUGUCGAGAUGUGGAUUGUGAUCACGGAAUUUGAUUGACAUUAUUGGAUGGGUCUUUAAGGACAUGCACCGGGUGUCCAAGCUUUGGCACUGACCAAGAAGGGAGCAAAGGGUGACUGAUUUGCCCAAGCAGAAUGGAAAGGUUGCCAUAGUUACAGGGGGAGCCAGAGGAAUGGGAUAUGAGAUUUCCAGACAUCUAGCCACCCUGGACAUGCAUGUGGUCAUUGCUGGGAAUGAAGAACAUGAGGGUCUGGCAGCAGUGAAGAAGAUUCGAGAAGAGUUAAAUCAGGGAAAAGUGGAGUUCAUGUACCUGGAUUUGGCCUCUUUGACAUCUGUACGACACUUUGUCCAGAGAUAUAAAACCAAAGGUUUGCCACUACACGUCCUUGUCAAUAAUGCUGGUGUUAUGCUUGUUCCGGAGAGGAGAACAGACGAUGGAUUUGAGCUACACUUUGGGCUAAACUACCUGGGCCAUUUCCUGUUAACCAACCUGUUGCUGGAUGUGCUGAAGAAGUCAGGCAAACCUGGGAAAUGUUCCCGAAUAGUCAUUAUGUCUUCAGCUACCCACUAUGGAGGAAGAUUAACUCUGGAUGACUUGCAGGGAAGGAUGUGUUAUAGUGCUCAUGGUGCAUACGCCCAGAGUAAACUGGCCCUGCUGCUGUUCUCCUACCACCUGCAGGACCAGUUGUGGGUCAGAGGUGACCCUGUAACAGUUAACGCCGUGGACCCAGGCAUGGUGGACACAGCCCUGUAUGACAAUCUGUCUAGCCCGGCCCAGCUGGCCAAGAAACCUUUCGCAAAACUGCUCUUCAGGACGCCUGCAGAAGGAGCAUCCACGGCCAUCUACACUGCAGCUGCCUCCGAGCUGGAGGGGAUCGGAGGACUGUAUCUCUACAACGGACGCAAGACGGAGUCUUCAGCACUUUCUUAUGACCAACGGCUGCAAACCAAGUUGUGGAAAGAAAGCUGUGCUCUAGUGGGUCUCCAAUAAACAUGAGAGAACAUCAGCACUGAGCUCCUGAUCACUGAGACUUGGGCCCUCAUCUUACAGUCCAUAUAACAUCCACCUGAAAAAAAUUCAACCUCAUGCCUUAAGUUAGUAUCCCUUUUUGCCAAAUUAUCCCUUUGUCUUUAAACCAUCUCAUUACCUUUAUAGUGUUCACUAGUGCUAUCAAACAAUUAAUCG